CGUUUCGAGUACGCGCUCUGCGUCCAAGCGUCGCGUCGCGUCGCAUCGCGACGCGCGAGUAUUGCGAGACGUCGUCGAUCAGUAUCGUGGAAGCGCGCGUCCCGUACCGCUCGGGCAACCCUUAAAUCGAGUGCAACAUUUCACGAAGAACGACGUUUCGUCAUUGACGUGUGAAAUUAUUUACGAACGAAUCAAAUUCACGUGGAGAUCUUGAUAUACCGGGCUAAAGCUGUUUUCGCGGAGGGUGCGAUGGAACGAGUUUUCAAUGAAAUUGCGGACGUGAGAAAAUGUUGCGAAACGUAGUUGGAGCAAACGAAAGGAAUCGACAGUACGAUGCUGAAACGUCGAUUGAAACGAGGAUCGUCGGAAGUAUCAUGGAAACAGGCAUGAUUGUGAACAGAGACAGAAGCAUUCUUAUCUUCGUUCGAAAUGGCGAAUAUCUGCAAGUAAUUUUCUGUUAGUCCCUGGACGUGGCGAAAAAGGGUUGUUGAAAGGUAUCUGCCGUGAACCGGUGCGAUUCCCCAUGUAUCUUUAAUGCAAUAUUUCUCCUCUGGAAUUCAAUGUACUUAAUAGGCGUAUUCCCUCAUCACGUACACAGAAAUGGUUCGUCGUUCGCGCGACAAACAACGAUUCUUGGUAUCGGUUGUAACUCGAAAUAGAGGAGGAUCUUUUCGGAGAUAUUGGCACGGAAUGUCGUUCGAUCGUCGUUGCGAAUAAUCGUCUUUCCGAUUUCAAGUCGAGAUCUUGCCGAGAGUAGAAAGCUAUCUAGGAAUUCUUAGUAUCUAUCAUCCUUGUAUCUGAAACUAAUUCUCAAAGGGGAAUAUUUGAACUGUGCGAAAAUUAACAAGAACAACGGGAAAGCGGUUGCACGGAAGAUGAGAGGCGAAUCUUCUUUCGUAACGACAAACAGAUAACGAGUAGAGAAGGAAAAAUAAACAACGCUGAUUGACGAUCGACUUAUCAUUCGCGAUAAAGGGCAGAGGAUAGGAAAGAAUACGCUAUAAAAAUCUAUAUAGAUAAAAGGACGCAAAAGAAAUUUGGUACGACGCAAAGUGACGCAAGACGCAUAAACAGUAAGGGCAAAAAGGUGAAGAAACGGAAGCGUGAAAGGCUGGUCGAUGUAUUUUGAAGUGCGCUCGAGGCGUGAAAUGAAAUAACGUAAAGUUUACAUGGUGUUCGGUGUUCAAGAUGUCAGUCCAUCGGGUGGUAAUUCGUGGAGAAUUGCGGUCAGAGUUUCUUUAACGAUACCGGCUAAACGUUCUUAGUCGUGGAUGUUAGAAUCGUGAAAUGCGAGAAUACAACAGGAAAGACGCUGCUAUCGUUACGACAAAACGUGAUAAGAAAGCAUAGGUACAUUGGCAGAUUUUUCGCGUGAGAGGAAAAAGUGAGAAGAAAGAAUGAGUUAAUCCAGCGAAACGUUGACGAUCCAGGGAAAGAGCGAUGCAAGGAAUAAAGAAGGAGAAUGGAUUAGCAUCGUCGAUGGAAAAUCUAUAUCGUGUGAAAUGGCAUCAGUCUGGAUCGUUCUAUCUAGAAUAUUGAUAUUCGGAUGAAAAAAAUCUUCUUCGCCGUAUAAAAGUAACCCACGAAAACAAUACGAAUUGGUCCAAUAGGUCAAUGGCUGAGCACUUGCUCGUUAAUCGAAUGGAAGCCUGUUAGAGGCGCUCGCGCGUGAAACAGAAGUAGAAGCGAGCAUAGUCGGUGACUCGGCCAUGCCAGUUGUCCGCCUGCCUCGUGCCGCAAACAAAAUCUGCAUAAAGUGGCAUCAACUUCAUUAUACCUGUAUCGUAUCGAUAUGGAAGAGAUGAAACGCGUUCCUGUCUUUGAAUACUCUGCAAAUCGUCUCAGAAUUGGCGAUCGUUGCCACCUAAAAAGUUAAUAAAACAAACUGUGACAUCGAAAAACGAUAAAAUAUAACGAUCUGAUUAACGUAGCCGUAAUAUGUGCCGGUAUAGUAUAUGAUAAAUCGUAGGGCUGAUUUGACACAAGUGUGAAUCGUAAAAAGGUAAAGCGAAAAGUGAUUGGAAAAACUACUUUAAUACGUUCGUCUUGAACUGUUUAAACGAAUCGUGUUGAUCGAAUGUUUUGAAAUUGGUAUUUGUGCGAGGUGCGUAGUCACCUCUACGUCAUUUCCAAUAAAAGAAGCUAAUUUCAAAUAAAUGUGUAACGCGUAAAAAUGUGCUUAUUCGUAUUAAAUUAAUAGAUCAAAAUCAAAAGAUAAUCGAAAGAUCCGAAGAUAGAUAGUUUGUCAGCAAAUUAACAAAUUUUGCGAGGAAAAUGCAGAGCCUCCAAGUUUUCGUAAAUUCAACGCCCGACCCGUUCAACAUGACGCUACUGAUGGAAAAUAACACUUACUACAAUAACACAAAUAUCACGGAUUUACAAUUGAGAAAUCAAUUCAUACUUCCGUGGUGGAGACAAAUGAUCUGGACCUUGUUGUUCGCCUGUAUGAUCGUCGUGGCAACUGGUGGCAACCUGAUAGUCAUUUGGAUUGUAUUAGCGCACAAACGGAUGCGCACGGUCACUAAUUAUUUCUUGGUAAACUUGAGCAUCGCAGACGCGAUGGUGUCUACGCUGAACGUUACCUUCAAUUACAUCUACAUGUUGAACAGUCACUGGCCCUUUGGCACGCUCUACUGCAAGAUCUGCCAGUUCGUCGCUGUGCUCACUAUAUGCGCCAGUGUCUUCACUUUAAUGGCAAUUUCUAUAGAUAGAUACAUGGCCAUCAUGAACCCGUUGAGACCUCACAUGGGUAAAAGAGCUACCCUCUGUAUAGCGAUCUUCAUUUGGAUCGUAGGAGCUAUCCUCUCGCUACCGAUGUUACUCUUCUACACAACAUACACUCAAAACUUUGCAAACGGCGAAAUACGAGUGAUCUGCUACGGCGAUUUUCCCAACAGAGACGACAAUGGUCUCAGUUACGACGAAUACUUAUACAAUGUGAUCUUUAUGGUACUGACAUAUGUUUUACCAAUUGGAUCGAUGACGUUCACGUACGCCAGAAUUGGUUUGGAGUUAUGGGGUUCGCAAAGCAUCGGCGAAAAUACCGCCGGGCAAUUGGAAGGUAUAAGGAGUAAGCGCAGGGUUGUGAAAAUGAUGAUUGUUGUCGUAGUAAUAUUUGCAGUAUGCUGGCUACCAUUUCACGUGUACUUCAUCAUAACGUCAUACUUCCCGGAGAUCACAAACGAGCCAUACAUCCAAGAAGUUUUUUUAGGUAUUUACUGGCUCGCCAUGUCUAACAGCAUGUAUAAUCCCAUAAUCUACUGUUGGAUGAACUCCAGAUUUCGGCGAGGAUUUGCCCACUUUUUCUCCUGGUGUCCGAUGGUACAGGUUCCCGCGGAGCCCUCCUUGUCACGUUCCGAAGCGUUAACGUCUCGAUACAGUUGCACCGGAAGCCCUCAAACCAACACCAGGAUAUCACGGAACGGCACGGCAAGAAUACCUUUGUACCUACGAUCUUCGAGAGAAGGAAACGAUCGGUUUUUGGCGCGACAUCGGGCAAGAAAGUGGAAAACUUCGCAAACUGCAGGCCAUGUAUCUUGACAGGAGGAGGAAAGUCCUGAGCAACGAGUACAUACCUGGAUAUAAGAGUACAUAUCCUAAGCGGUCGAUCUCUUCAAGAUUCAUCUGACGCAAGUGAAAUAAGAGAAGUUUCAAGAAACGACAUGACGUAUCGGUUCCCCUUUAUUACGCAGAGCCAUAACGAAUUAUUAUUCGCCAGAACGAUAGCUCAAAUGUUAACUAUCAGCUAAAUAUUAGAUCAUAUUUCCUUCUUGAUGUGCAGUACAGCUAAGUCGAGAUUUAACGCAAAGAACAGGGUUUCUUCUUGUCGAUAGAUAUUAUUAUAUACGAAUACAUAAGCUUAAACUUGAAUUACCGUCGAAUGUGAAGUUGUCAUUUACAAGAUUUCUUUCGAUUGCUACGCCACACAAAAAAAUUAGAUGGUUAGUUUCAUAUUAUUUCCGUUAAAUUCUAUAUACCUUAAAUACUUCGUUGUUUCAUAUGUGUAUAAAAAAUAACGGACCAAUAAUCUACUUACUACUAUUUGCAUAUGUUAAUGAAACGUUCCUUUUUUUUUUCUCUCUCUCUAACGGAAAAAGAUCGUAUAGUUACGAGAAAUUUCUAACGAGGCUAUAUAAAUUAUAAUACAUAUAUAAUAAUGCAUAUGUAGCAGCUUCGUGUAGGAUACUUGUUUGCAAAAUAUAUAAAGUGCUUGCUUAAUUAAAUAAUCUUCGUGCUCCUACACGGUGUAUCGAUAUAAUUGCUGUUAAAUCAAAUAGUUGAUAAAAAGAUAUCUAUAUUAAUAUUCAUUGCACGAAGAUAUCCUAUUUCCUAAAAUAUUUAGGAAAUUCUAAUUUCCUAAAAAAUGAAUUCUAUAUUCCUUGUGGAAUUUUACUACUUACAUGUACAGACUUGUACCUUAAUAAUUUACCUAACUAUCGCAACUAUCACUGCUCUGAGAAGCAACAAAAAUAUUGUAAUCGAUACAAAAAAACGAGUAGGACUACCAUAAAUUCGCAAAGAAGAUUGUUGUGACAAACAAACGUUUUCGUUAUAAAAACGCACAAAUGUAUUUAUAAAUAAAAUAACCAUUACUAAAAUUUACAUAUUUUUAUUGAAAAUAUAUUUACUUCGUUCUUUCUGUAAUCUCAUGAUUUCAACUGUUAUUUAGUUAUUUAUCGUUUAACGUGUCUAAUUUUCAUUAAAUCGAUAUAAUAUAAACCGUUAAUAGUACGCGAAAGGCGUCAUAGCAAUUAAUCGCCGUUUGUAAAAAUAAUCUUAGCUCGCUAACAUGUGUUAAAGAGCAUUGACAAUAUUUCGCUAACAACGUUAUUCUUACCGAGCAAAAAUUCUGUCCAACAAAGGAAAAAACCAACAUACUUCUCUGUAUAUUUAAAACGGCAAACUGCAAAUGCAAAUACUGAUUAAAUUUAUUAUUUAAUUGAUAUUAUUUAGAUUUUCAGCUGUAAUGCGAUUCAGUGAAAGAACACACUGGGGAAAACAAACGCUUUUUAAUAAACUAGUCAAAUGUAAAUGUAUAAGUGAUUAUAUCGAAUAUAGUGAAAAGCUUGUCGGUAAAGUAAGAAGUGAAUAUAUUGUUUGAUAUGUAUAAAAAUAUGUGAAUACUAGCGUAACAGAGUACUGCUUCUGUCUAUAGGGAAGCACUCGCUAUAUUUGAUUGUAUUUUCAACAUAAGCAAACACUAUGGAAACUAAGUGAAAAGAGGAAAAUAUAUGAUGUCAACAUAAA